ACGUUGCAUUCAUUCUUGGUGUCUACUAAUAUAUUGGACGUUGGAUUCUUGUUGCCUACUAAUAUAUUAGACGUUGGAUUCAUUCUUGAUUCAUUCUUGGUGUCUACUAAUAUAUUAGACAUUAGGUUUGUUCUUUGUACUACUAAUAAUACAUUGGACGUUGGAUUCAUUUUUG